AUGAGAAACCAACAUUGCAACGUUGUCAUCCGGGGCGGGCCGCCCCCUCGCAGCAAGACGGCGCUGGCCGCGCGACGCGGCAACGCCGCGAGCGCUCGGGAGCAGCUCCCAUCGCGGGGCCCGCCUCCCCCCGGCGCUCCGGCGGCGCUCCCCCUCCCGCACGCGCUCCGUCCCGGGGCGGCGCGUGGCCCGCCCGGAGCGGCAGUGAGCGAGCGGCGGAGCGCGCGCGCGCCCGCGUCCACCGCCAUGGACCCCGUCAGAGUCACGUACCUGCCGCCGCGGCGCACCUACUCCUUCAACGCGCAGUGGGAGCACGACUUCCUGUUCGUGCAGGGCACGUCGGGCGCGCUGUGCCUUGUGUGCGGCACCGUCGUCACGUCCGUGCGCAAGUUCAACGUGGAGCGCCACUACAAGUCGGCGCACGCCAGGGAGUACGCGGCCGUCACGGGUGACGACCGCGUCAACCUCGUCAACGUGCUCAAGGAGGACCUCACGCACCAGCAGGCCGCGAGCAGCGUCGCCAGCGCCGGCGCGCCCGCCGCCUCCCACUCCGCCUCCGCCCCCGCUGCGGGCGGCGAGGGGCUGCCCAACGGCGCCAGCAAGCGCGCCAAGCUGCACGUCAAGAGCGAGCCGCCGGACUUCGAGGCCGAGGACGACGCGGUGCUGGACGCGUCCGCCGCCGCGGCCGUCGCGGCCUCCUACCCGGCCGCCGCCGUGUACUCGCCGGGGGCGGGGGCGGCGUGCCUGGCGCCCGACGACGACGAGUUCGCCGUGGUGGGGCGGCGCCUGGCCUUCCAGCUGCGCGCCAUGCGCGAGGACCAGCGCCUGCUCGCCGAGAAGAUCAUCGGCGAC